AUGGCUUCGACAGCUCUGCAGUCGCAGCUCACUGCUCCCAAUGGACACACAUACGUCCAGCCUACAGGCCUCUUCAUCAACAACGAAUGGGUGCCGUCGUCCGACGGCAAGACAAUCGCCUCCAUCAACCCGACAAACGAAUCAGAAAUCAUCUCCGUGCAAGCCGCCUCAUCCUCCGACAUCGACAAAGCCGUCGCCGCCGCGCGCGCAGCUCUCCAUGCGCCCUCGUGGCGCGACCUCGGCGCCUCGGAGCGCGGAAAACUGCUCUACCGACUGGCAGACUUGGUCGAAGCACACCGCAUCACGCUCGCCACCAUCGAGACAUGGGACAAUGGCAAGCCGUUCACAGUCGCCCGAGAUGAAGACCUCGUUGAAGUCGCCGAGACGCUGCGCUACUACGCCGGCUGGGCGGAUAAGGUCUUUGGCCAGGUAAUUGAGACCACGCCGGACAAAUUUGCGUAUACGAUACGCGAGCCGGUUGGGGUUUGCGGGCAGAUUAUUCCAUGGAACUACCCCCUUUCAAUGGCAGCGUGGAAACUCGGUCCGGCAUUAGCAUGUGGAAACACCGUUGUCCUCAAGCCCGCUGAGCAAACACCACUCUCAGUCCUGUACUUUGCCAACCUCAUCAUCGAAGCGGGCUUCCCCGCGGGCGUCGUGAACAUCGUCAACGGCCACGGUCGCAUCGCCGGCGCCGCACUCGCCUCGCACCCAGACGUCGACAAGAUCGCGUUCACAGGCAGCACCGCCACGGCGCGCGACAUCAUGAAAAUGGCCGCCAGCAACCUGAAAAACAUCACGCUGGAAACAGGCGGCAAGAGUCCGCUCAUCGUCUUCAACGACGCCGACCUCGAGCAGGCCGUCGAAUGGGCGCAUAUCGGGAUUAUGUCCAACCAGGGCCAGAUCUGCACUGCGACAUCCCGCAUCCUGGUGCAAGACGAGGUCUACGACCGCUUCCUGGCCAAAUUCAAAGAGCAGGUGAAACAGAUCAGCAAAGUCGGCGAUCCAUUCGAGGAAUCCACCUUCCAAGGCCCGCAAGUCACCAAGGCUCAAUACGACAGAGUCCUGUCGUACGCUGAAAUUGGGAAAUCGGAGGGUGCCACGCUUGCAUUGGGCGGACAGCCCGCCUCGAAGAAGGAAGGGAAGGGGUUCUUUGUCGAACCUACCGUAUUCACGGAUGUGUCGAGCCAGAUGCGUAUUUAUCAGGAAGAAGUCUUUGGGCCCUUUGUUGUGUUGGCGCGUUUCUCGACGGAGGAAGAUGCUAUUCGCAUGGCCAAUGAGACGACGUAUGGAUUGGGUAGUGCACUGUUCACCACGGACUUGGUGCGAGCGCACAGGGUAGCGCGGAGGAUUGAGGCCGGUAUGGUGUGGAUUAACUCGAGUAAUGAUUCGGACUGGCGAAUUCCUUUUGGUGGCGUCAAGGGCAGUGGCAUUGGCAGGGAGCUUGGAGAGGAGGGUUUGAAGGCGUACAGUCAGGUGAAGAGCGUGCAUGUGAAUAUGAAAGCGAAGUUGUAG